AUGCAGCCCUAUCCAUAUGGUCAAUAUGUAUAUCCAAACGCUGCACCAAUGCCCGUUCGGUAUAUGAUACCACCUGGACAAAGACAACCAUCUCCACCAUUUGCUAAUCAAGCGUUUAAUCAUUAUGCGACAGUACCAGCGAAUGUUCGCCCUCCACAAAUUAUGACACAACCAAUACGUUAUCCACCUGUAUAUGCUCAACCUGGUAUGCAAAUGCCAUAUGGUCCACCUCAACAACGUCAACCACCUGAGCAAUUACGACCACCACAACCAUAUUAUUAUAAUCCAUAUGGUUCUAAUCAAGAAACUUCUACAGCCUCACCCGAUCCAAAAACACCAGCACCUAAAAAAGGUCUAAAAGAAUAUAAAGAUAAUGCAUUUACAAUUGCACCAGAUGGUGCACAAAAUGAAACAAUAAAAGGUCUUGUUUCUAAUAAUGAUAUUAAUGAUUUAUUAAAACAUAAAGGUACUAAAGUUAAAGUUUCGAAAAUUUAUCGAAUUACAAAAACUAAACCUGAUAUUAAACCGGAUGAAUCAAGUGAUGAAGACUUACCACCUAUACCAGUAGCACAAGCUCGACCACAAACCAUUCAACGACCAGUUUCAUCAUCAUCAUCAUCAUCAUCAUCAAGCUGUAGUCAUUGUUCAACAUGUAGCAAUUGUUCUUGCUCUGAAUGUCGUGAUCGAUAUCGAUCACAUACAUAUGAUGAUUGUCCAGAAUGUCGUGCUGAACGAGAUCGAGAACAAGCUAGACGACAAAGACGUAAAUGA